AGCUCCGCGGCCCGGGAUUUCAACCAGUUUGAUUCCGACAGUCGCACGGGAAGGCUGUGUCGCUGCCGGCAGCUCGUUUGCAAGCGGCAUAUUGGAUUUUACUUCUGUUCCUCGCGGAUCCUUGAUUUGUUUUUGCGGUAGAAUGUAAUUUCCCGUCUUUUAAUUUCUCCCCGGGUGUGUUUCUCGACUUGUGUCCUGUUCUCGUGUCUCGAAUCCAGUGCUAACGACGAUUUCCACGACUCCUGUGUCCGUGAUCCUUGUGGUUUUCUUUCGCUGAAAUGUUCCUCGUGCGGGAUUGUUGAUAAGUUUUGUGUUUUGCAGUUUGAGGAAUACGUUUUCGUCAUCAUGGCUUGGAGGUUUCACUUAGUGAUUUCGUCGCUGUUGUUCUGCAUCUAUGCCUGCGAAGCAAGGGCUCAUUGGAGUAUUUACAUGACUGAAGCUGAGGUUAAGAAAUUGAUAGGGCUCCAGACGAAACUGUACUACGUGGAAAAUGGGAUAAUGAACGACUACGCCCUCCAGUUCGUCGUCCCUGUGCCGGCGGAGAUCCCAAGUCUUCAGUUCAGGUGGCAGAACCAGGCCUCGAAACCGCUGCCGUACACGAUCCAAGUGGACGUUUCGAACAUCGAGGCCAUUCCGACGCCGCGGCUGAACAUCUCGAGCAAGGGGUACAUCCCGACGACGGCGGAGACGUUCAGCGUGGGGCUGCCCUGCUCCGGGCUCUCCGACGCCGAGGUCACCGUCCACAUCGCCAUCAACGUCACCACCGCCGCCCACAACGUCACCAGGCUCAGCCUCAAGAGGAAACGCUUCUGCCGCAAAGGAAUUCUCGCAUGGGCUCAAGCACAAGCAGUGCCCACGGACAAGUGCCCUUCAUGACGAUGCCAGUCCCUGUUCUGAGCUGCAACACCUCGGCCUCGGGCAGCAGCUGCAACAGUUUCAGAAGGAAGCCCAGCUACGCUCGCCUUAACGACAACUCCAAGGACCUACAAGAUCGCAUUGCUGAGCUUACUAUCCAGAGGUGCAGAGUACGUUUGCACAGUAUCGUUAUGGAAGGAACAUUUGGUCGAGUUUAUCAUGGAGCCUAUACAAUGGAAAGCGGAAAGGAGCAAGAAGUCAUCGUCAAAACUGUUUCUGAUCAUGCCAGUUCCAUGCAAGUAUCACUUCUUCUCCAAGAAGGGAUGGCAAUGUAUGGCCUGAGUCAUAAAAACAUCCUGUCCGUUUUGGGUGUGUCCAUCGAAGAUCACACCGCUCCAUUCUUGAUCUAUCCACACAAUGGAUUUUCCAACUUGAAAAAGUUCUUACAAAAAUGUAAAGCUGGAGCUGGUGUUGUUAACUCUUUGACCUACCAAUCAGUCGUAGAAAUGGCUCUUCAGGUUAUCUCUGGGAUGUCUCAUCUGCACAAGAAAAGAUUGCUUCACAAAGAUCUUGCUGCUCGAAAUUGCAUUGUGGAUGAAAAUCUAAGGGUUCAAAUUGCAGAUAAUGCACUCACAAGAGAUCUGUUUCCAGAAGAUUACAGCUGUCUGGGUGACAAUGAGAAUCGGCCAAUUAAAUGGCUUGCCUUGGAAAGUCUGGUGAACAAACAAUUCUCUACUGCAUCAGACGUGUGGGCAUUUGGCGUUCUUCUUUGGGAGCUGACAACCUUAGCUCAACAACCUUAUGCAGAGGUUGAUGCGUUUGAAAUGGCUGAUUAUCUGAGAGAUGGUUACAGACUAGCUCAGCCCAUUAAUUGCCCAGAUGAGCUAUUCACUGUGAUGGCCUACUGUUGGGCAUCUAGUCCUACCGAAAGACCAACAUCCUCACAACUGGCAAUGUGCCUUCAAGAAUUCAACACUCAACUGACCAAAUAUGUUUAGAAGAAUUUAUCAUUUAUUAAGAGAGAAAUUUCUGGAAUUUCAUUAUUUCCUCUCUUGCAUUUAUAAGGACGAACAAAAACUCAAGAUAGUUCUCAAGUUCUAUCUUCCUAAGGAAGAGUACUUUUUUUUAUAACCAAGGUUUAGAUUUUGGUUUGACAUCCUUAGAACAUUUUCUUCAUUCGAAGUAUAACCCAGGAGAUGCUGUAGUAUAUUAAUUUACAUUCGAGUGAAGCACACUACUUUCUCAUUUGCCAGACCUACGUUUCCGAAGAUAAGAUAGUGAGGAAUGCAGUCUGUAUCGACAAAUCUCUUUUGUUUGUAUUUACCGGGUUUUUAAUGAUUAAUUUUUGCCAAGUAUACUCAAUAUUUGGUGAUAAACAGGGAUUCUUCAAUUAAAGUUUAUUAUUUUAGUGUUUUUUUCAGUGUAUUUCCAUUUUUAUAGAGUUUUCCACUUCAAAAGUUUUACUAACCAAAAAUUUUUAACACAAUAUACUUUUUCUUAACUGUAAGACUAUUAAAUGCCCUCUUGAAUGAGCUAUUCUACAAGAAAAAUCCCCUCUCUCCCAAGAAUCGAGAUUUUAUCUGUUUUUAGGUUAGUAUUUUAUGUACUUCUCCAUUUCUCCUCUCUUAAAUAUAUUUUAUAUCUGCAUUUUUUGUGUGAAAAAAUAGCAGUUUAUUUGAUAGAUUAUCAACGUAUGCAGGCCUAUCCUGUUAUUCAGGUUAAAAAUUACUAUCCCCAAGUCUGCCACUUUAUCUUACCCCCUGUAAUUCUUUGGAAGAUGAAUAUUUGUCAUUUUAUCAACUCCUUCAUCCUGUAGAAUACGAAUUUAUUUUAAUUCUAAAUUACAAUGUAUUUCAACUGUGAGUUGCGAGUCCUUUGUUCCUUAAGUGAGAAGAUAUUUUCAAAAUAUUUUCCAUACUUUCAGAAAUUUUGAAUUUUUUACUCACCAAUUCUCUCUCUAAGUGUCACCCAAAGUAGGAUAAAAGAGUAAAGUUUAUAGUUUGUUGACCUAAUUGUUAUCUUGUUUUAUUGACUGAUUAUUGUAAAUUGUGAAUAAUACUUAGUCUGUACAUAUAAGUACACCAUCUCAAUAUUUGUGCCUAACACUCUGUUUUUUCCUGUAUGGAUGCAACAGAUGUGUUUUAUAGAAAAAAAGUAUGAGUGUAUUGAUUAACCAUGUACAGAGAAGCAGAUUUGCGCAUAGAAGAUCGAAUAUGUAGGCUGUAGUGCAGGAAUACUAUGAAAACAGUGUAAAGUGUUCCAUCACAUCGAAGCACAAUCUCGAGACUUUGAAUAUUCUUGGGCCACCACUACAACAUCAUCCUCCUCUAGUGCAAGAGUUUUGGUGGUUUUUCAAAGAAUAUUGAUGGCUUUUCCAGUGUCAUACCUCUUGAUAAUUGACAUCUGUAAAAUUUUUAUGAAUAGUAUGAGCUCAUAAACUCUGCAAAAAUUUAAGCCAGGAAUUAUCACAAAGUUCAUUAAAAAAUUUCAAUAUAUCUUGAAAAAGAUAAUCCAAAGCUAGAGAAAUUUUCAUGCAAGGUAACAUUGUCAAAGUUUCUCAGGAUUUUAAAACUGCCCCAUAUGCGCGAAAACUGUAAAUAUUAAAUUUUUGUGAUUUCCAUCUCAAAGAUGGAUUUCAUCAAAUGAUUGUGAUUUUGUAAAUAUUGACUUGUUAUUCUUGUUUUUCUUUACCUGUGCCUGUCUUGUUUUUGUAAACUGUGUUUAUUUUUAUCAAAUGUUUAAUGGUCCAGAGUCAGGACAAAGGAUGAAUAUGCUUUUUGAUAAGAAUAGAGGCAUUGAAAAAAAUUGAAACUGCCUGUUGCUCACAGAGCUGACUAUUUCUAUUUCUAAUUAUCUUAGCAAACGAAGCUCAGUCUAUAUUUCACCUUGUCUCCUAGGCAGUAACUUUUUAUCAGAAUAAAGAACCUUUGUGUCAUUUGUAUCCAUCUUCAAUUGUUAUGAAACAAGUGAAAACUCCUUGUGAUUUAAAACUGGACCUUUAUCUACUCUCUGUUUUCUUUUUUUGUCUGUAUUGUUUGUUACCUCUUGUAGCCCAACCUAGUUGUUAAAUUUGAAUAAAGAAUAAGAAUUAAAAAAAACUAUUCAAAUGAAAAACUCAAGUUAAGAAGCCUUUACCCUCCAAAGUAAAUGCUUUGAUGCAUAGUUCCUGAUUUAUCCAGUAAUGAAACCAUGUUUCUUCAUACCUAAUGUAAAUAAUGUACAAUUUCUGUAUAGGCUGUCUAUGUAUUUUCUGUACUCAUGAAUAAAAAAUAAAAAUUUAUCUAUUUUUGUGCCAUUAAA